AACGCCAACCAAAUUUUUCUAACAAGCAGAACUGACAGGACAAAAUUUGUCACAGAAACACAAAAUGAAACUUGAUUAAAAAUCCAAAAGUGUAAUUAAAACAUAAAAAGGCGGGAGUGGUUUGAUUUGAAACGAAAAUGGACCACAGACGAAGGAAUAGGAGACGCAACCACUCUCGCUCUGGAGUACCAAGCCACCCACUCCAGCACUCGAAACCAUGGUCACUUCUAAGUGGCUUGUACAGUUUUAUGAUAAUGAGCAGCUUGUUAGCACUGAUAUACUUGAUGUUGGAGUAUCAUUGCAAAACAUGCACUACUAAAUGCGAUCUCACUAAUAUAACAAGGAAUAUUGACGAUAUCUCGAAAAAUCUAUCAAUGAUGAAGGACAGCUAUUACGAUUUGGAGAAGAAGAUAUUUAAAUUUUCUCAAGAAUUACCGAAGAUCGAAGGGCAAAUAGACAUUUUGGAAGCAAUUGCUAAUACAGUGGAAAACAAGGAUCUUGGAUGGAACGCGAAGAUAUUCACUUUGCCUACAGUCGAAAUAUCAUCUAACAAUCGACUUGAUGACAAUGCUUGUAAUUUUACCGCUAGGCAAAUAAGAAAUGGCCUCAAACCAAUUGCAAAUCAAGAAUGACUAGCAAGAUAUCGAAUGCAAAGGAACAACUGUUUUGGUGUUUUUUAAUAUUAUAAAUAAGACAUUCA